AUGGAGUCAAGAAAAGAAUCCAAUCAGCUUCCAUCAACAACAGAUCACCUGUCAAUGUUAUGCAACAAUGAUUUCCAGAGCGUUAAAAACAAACUUUUAAACGAGUGCACAAGAGACGGCUCCUUGGAUUGGAAUGGAAAACCGGCAGUAAAGCAAAAAACCGGAGGAUGGAAAUCCGGGAUGCUCUUGCUUGUGAAUGAAGGAUUAGCAACGCUUGCAUUCACAGGAGUGGAAGUGAAUAUGGUUUUGUUUUCAAAAUCUGCUUUGAGACAAUCAAAUGCUGAAUCAGCCACCAUGUUUAGCACUUGGAUGGGGAGUGUUUAUUUGUUCUCACUUUUGGGUGCUUUCUUUAGUGACUCAUAUUUGGGAAGAUACCUCACUUGUGUCAUUUUUCAAGUUAUUUUGACCAUUGGUUUGGUUGCAUUGUCAUUGACAACUCAAGCGUUUAUGUUACAACCAAAAGGUUGUGGCAAAAUAGGAGAAGUAUGCAACGCUCAUUCUUCGGUGGAAAAAGCAAUUUUCUAUUUAUCAAUUUACUUAAUUGCCCUUGGAAACGGUGGCGCCGAGCCAGCCCUUGCUACAUUUGGUGCUGAUCAGUUUGAUGAGGAAGAUCCGGAAGAAAAGAGGGCGAAAACGACUUUUUUGAGCUACUUCUAUGUUGCCCUAAACCUAGGAUCUUUGAUUUCAGAGACGUUAUUAGUUUAUAUUGAAACCAUGGGAGAGUAUGUGGUGGCUUUUUGGAUAUCUACAGCAUGUGGUUUUAUUGCUUUGAUGUCGGUUUUGAGUGGGAGUUUUAGAUAUCGGCAUUUUAAGCCUAGUGGUAAUCCCAUCUCCAGAUUCUCUCAAGUUAUUGUGGCUUCUAUGAGGAAAAUUAAGCUUGAGGUGCCAUCUAAUGGAGAUGGUCUCUAUGAAGAUUAUUCUAGAGAUGAAGGUGGAACAAGGAGAAUAUAUCACACUAAUGACUUCAAGUUUCUUGAUCGUGCAUCAAUCAUGACCCCAGAUGAUGCCCAAAACCCACACCCAUGGAGACUAUGCACCAUCACCCAAGUCGAAGAAGUAAAAUGCGUGCUAAGACUCCUCCCAAUAUGGCUAUGCACCAUACUAUCAUCCGUAGUAUUCAUACAGAUGAUUUCUCUAUUUGUAGAACAAGGUGCUGCAAUGAACAGAGAACUCUCAAACUUCCACAUCCCACCCGCAAGCAUGACAAUCUUUGACAUAAUAAGCACAUCCGCAUUUAUCAUAUGCUACGACAAACUCAUCCUCCCUCUAUACACCAAACUAACAAAAACAAAACCAAACCCUCCAACCGAGUUACAAAGAAUGGGAAUUGGACUUGCUAUAGCCACAUUAGCCAUUAUCACAGCUGGUUUUGUCGAACAUCACAGACUAAAAAGUAAAGGACCGAAGGAAACGAGUUCUUUGAGUAUAUUUUGGCAAACACCACAGUAUGUGUUGGUGGGGGUUGCUGAGGCGUUUACUUAUGUGGCUCAGUGGGAGUUUUUUGCAGCUCAAGUUCCGGAUAAGUUGAAAAGUAUUGGGCUUGGAUUGUCUAUGUGCUCGUCCGCAAUGGGGAGUUAUACUAGCAGUAUUAUAUUGUCGGUGGUUAUGAAGAUUACUUCGAAAGAUGGGAAGCCUGGGUGGGUCCCGGCGAACUUGAAUGACGGGCAUUUGGAUCGGUUUUUUUUCCUUUGUGCGGGUUUGACUGCGGUUAAUCUUGUGUUGUUUGUUUCGUGUGCUAAGAGGUAUAAGAAUAUAGUUGUAGAGAGAAGAGAUGAAGCACGUGAAAUGCAUUGA